AGUCUGUGCCUGUGCCUAAGCUAUUUUUAUCUCAGACGCCGGAUUGCGCGCGCGCGUCUCCUCAAUAUUAUAUUGAUAAACUUAAAGUACAAUCAAUUUGUUUCUUGAAUGCAUUCGUAUCUUGUAUGUUGUGAUAUUCAUGUGUUGUGGCAGGAUGAAUCAAGUUUAACAAACACUGUAAGUAAGUCUAUGAUGCAGUAACGACUUGUCGACUAUCGGAAAACAUUCAAAAAAAUAUAUUUCGUAAAGAUUACAAUGGCGUUGAAUCGAGAAAAGGCUGCUCAGCAGGCUAAAAACAACCGCCUCAUCAUUGCCGUAUGGGAGAAUAAAGAAGUGAAACAGAAGAUAGAAAAUGUAAAAAAGAUUUUACUCAGUGGCGCGGAUGUAAAUGCUGCGAGCGCAAACCUUAAACACAACGCUUUACAAAUCGCCGUCAAAAAAGCUGAAAUAGAUGUAAUUAAAUUGCUCUUAGAACAUGGUGCUGACGUCACUCGUACCAAAGGUUUAGACAAAAAUGCCUUAGACAUCGCUCAAACACUGCAGGGUGAUAUAGGGCAAGAAAUUACGACCUUACUAGAGGAACAUGCAAAAAAAAUACAACUGGCAACACCUGGAGAACCAGAAUCUGAUUCGGAAGAUAACAAACCUGUUCAACCUGUGGACGCACUUGGAUCAAAAUAUUUUUUAAUGCAAGACAAAAAUACCGGCGUUAGAGGACAUUUAUACGAAACCAAGUUAUUAUGCUUAAGUCUACUUAGAGCUGCCAAUGACGAGGAUAUAGAAUCUUAUUAUCUAGCAUCAAACAUGGCUGGAAUCGGUGUUUUUGACGAUAUCUGUUUCAAGUACAACGUCAAGGGCCGUGAAAAGUCAAUAAGAUUAUUUUUGCAGGCUAAACACCGCGAUUUGCCUAAAAAAGGUAGACUAACUUUAGAAGACGUAUUGAAACCAGACAGUGAAUUGGGCUUAGCAAACUGCUUCGAUAGUUAUCUACAAAUAAAAAAGAAGUUCGUUCCAGCCAGUGGUCAUCCUAUAUUUGGAGAAAGCUAUCACAACGUUGAAUUAAAUUUUAUAGUCUACACAUCAGGCGAAGAAAGCUUUAAUCGCAAACUGAUCGGUAGGAACGAAAGGAGCCCGAAAAUUCACAAGUUAAUUUAUACCGGUGGAAAGAAGUCUAUAUUUCAAUUUGAUUAUAACGAUGAUUACAUUUAUUGCAUUACUAGAGAUGUUCAAAGAAUGCGGAUUAAACUAUUGGCAGUCAACUUUAUUGAAUUUAUUUUGGGAGAAAAAGAUAAGUACAAACACAUGCUUGAAGACGAGCUCAUAAGAAAAUAUCAUUGCGUUUUAGAACAAACAGCUGUACGAUUGUGCAAAGUUGAAAAAAACCAUAUUGAAGCAAAGUUUCGUCCAGAAUUAUUUCGUAAUACCGACCCGUUUACUGUACUUCUUAAGGAGGAACUAUGUAAAGUAAUCAUAGAAAAAAACUGCGUUAAACCAACUAAAACAAAAGAAGGAAUUGUAAACGAAUUCAAACGAUUGCCAAGAGAACCAUCAAGUUCUGCGCUUAGCCCAUUUAUUGGUACAGUUAUCAACUACGAUGUCAAAAAUAAUAAACUUAAAGUACUAGAAAAUGUGGCAAAACGGGGAUUGAAAUCAAAUGAUAUUAAACAAUUAAACGAACAUUUGAAACAAAUACACGCAAAUCCCACGGUUAUCGCCGAAGCCAUCACGAAGGCGGGUGAAAACAAACUUCUAACAACUGAGUUCAAACUUCCACCGUCAUUUGGAAAUAUUGAUAUUACAAUGAAAGAUUCUAGAAUCACUUAUUUAGUUUCAGUGUUUAAAGAUUUGUUUCAAAUAAACAGAGACAAGGGAGAGAUAGAAAUAAACGAAACUGACAUAGGCAAAAACUUAUCAAGUUCAACAACACUGACUGAAGGGUUUAUAGCUCAUAAUGGUGGGAUUGCAAGCGCUGUUGGGAAUUUGUUACUUUAUGAUAAAAACAAAAAUGUGCUGAAGUUCAACACGGCAAGACCACUAUUUGAGAAAGCUUAUAAAUUAUUGGUAGAAUUGGAAAAAGUUAUACCUGAAGGUAAAAAAUUAGAUGAUUAUGUUAUAAAAGUAAAUACAUACAAUUUUCCCAGAGCUAGGUUUUCAAAUGAUGAAUAUGACACUACACAGGCUAAGUGCUUCCUUAAUAGAUUGUGGUUUUAUUGCAACCAGGGCAAAGAAGAUGAAGUCGAAAAAUCUGUAAAGACUGAAAUAGAUAAAUUCUAUAACGAACACAGAUUUCAAACGUCCUUCAGGUUCCGUACACACAUCGAUAGUAUUUUUUCAAAAUUUCACAGUGAACUGCAGAAGUGGUGGAUGGUGUCGGCUGAGAAUUCAAUGGCGUCUUACCUUACAAGUGACAGUAAUAUUUUUCGCAUCGCGCAAGAGGGCGUUGACAGUCCACUCUUAACGCUACAUCAUGAGAUGUACUUAGGUGCUGUAAAAAAAUUAGGAAUUGAGUUUACAUCCGAGGCUGUUAAAAAGCUGCGGCUAGAUGAUUGUGCAGAGAAAAUUAUCAACAUUAAAACUGACAAUGACAUACUGACUGCGAUCAAAAUACACCAACAUUACAAGAACCAGAACAACUACACUUUUAUGGAUUUGUAUUAUAUGUUGGGUUUGCCUGCGGAAGAUCGCAACGUCAUAUUAGGCGAACUCAAAUUAACAAGCAUGGAAAUUUUAAUACUCAUGUGUGGGCGUCCUCGAAUAGAAACAUCUGACAUCGGAGAUUUUAGUCUUAUUUUAAAUAUGUUUAAAGGAAAUAAAAUAAUAAUUGUGACUACGAAUGUAAAAGAUUCUGACGUAAAAAUUCGAAUUCCAGAUAAUCAUUCCACAAUCAAUGAUGAUAUGACUAACUUGAUACAUUUUGAAGAAAACUCGAUGAAAAAAAUUGCUGAAGAGAUUACAGUAACAUUUCAGGAUGAAGAAAUUUGUCUUGAAUCUUUGUUAGACGAAAACAUUUUGAAAAAAAUUAAUGCGAAAAUAUUAUCAAAGGUAAUGGACGACGAGCGAAUAGAAAUAGGAAAACCAUUGAUGAACAAACAAUACGAAAAAAUCAAAGAUAUAUACAUGCCUAGACGUCUGAUAAAGAAUGCCAGGGAUGAUUAUCCUGUAAAUAAUUUAGAUGACGUUGAAGACAAAGUGGUCCUCAUAAUUAGCAAGCACGGUACAGGCAAGUCUACAUUACUGACGCACCUCGCUCUUGAAAACAAAAAAGUCAAUCCCACAAAGUGGAUAAUCCGCAUCAACCUGGCAGAAUUUCAGGAUGAUUUCUACGCGUGGCAAACAAGUAGAAUCAACAUUAAUAAAAUCAAUGCUGUGAAACUCUUGUGUGUGAAAUCAUUGAAACAUGUUAAUAAUAAAACAUAUUUCCAACUUGUUGAGCGAGGUGGGGAAAUUACUUUGGAUACUUAUUCCGCCAACAUAUUGGACGGAGCCAUUUUGUUGGAACUAGAAUUAUUUCUACAUUAUUACAAUAACCGUAAAAUGAUUUUUCUCUUUUACGGAUUUGAUUACGUUUGUCCACCUUUCGGAGUUGAAGCUAUAAAACUGUUAAAAAAUAUAAAAUCAGAUGAUAUCCCCAUGUGGAUAGCAUGUCAUUCUGUCGGCCUUCCAAUGACAUUAUUAGAAGCUGAAUUCGGCACUUCAUACCAAUUGCAACCAAUAGAUGAAACGGGUCAAAUGGGUUUCUUCUAUAAAUUCUGGAAAACGAACCUUCAGCUAGAAAAAAUAAACACUGAACUUUUCAGUAACAUCUCAGGACUAUUCGAGCUUAUGUCUGGAAAACACAAUCUGUCAGACGUUGGUGAACAAAAGCGUAUGUUUAUGCCAUGGGUUAGUAUGCCUCUACACAUAUUGUACUUGCUCGCAAUUGAUUUCUUUCAAACUGAAUUCAGUACUUUAUCAUUUGCUGAUAUAAAAAAGAAACUCAAGCAACAUCUGGAUAUAGAUUUGAACAAAGGCUCCAAGAUAGGCUCGUACAUGGACCAGACUCCGGAGGAGGAGCAGGCGGCUGAGCUAGCGGGCACUCCGCUUCACAUGUAUGUAGUGGCAAACUAUUUCGAGUGCAAAAUCAAAGGGCGACUACAAAUUGAACCGAAUGUCCCUGAGUUAAAAAAAAAAUGCGACUUUUGGCAGGAUGCGUUACAUUUAUAUGAAAAAUUUUUGAAGCAUAACAUGGAUAAGGUGUUGCUACAAACCCAUGAUAUUGAAAUAGACGAAGAUGAAGAAGUGGAGAAACGCAGAGAAUUCUUCGAGAGGCACAAGAAGUUAGCCCUCUUAGCCAUUUGCAAAGAGGAGGACCUAUGCAAACUGCUGCCCGCAGACGAGAUCGACGAAUUAAAAGGUACGAUGGCUCGGAUACAGAGCGGCGAGGAGAAGUCCGCACUCGUCGACUGUGUCCUGGAUAAUGUGCCCAGGUUCUUUCACCUAAUGUACGCAGAAUAUUGUGGCGUCGAGUUUUUGACUGAUAUUAUUAAAUGCGCUAAACUAGACUCCACAGAUGGCGCAAGAUUUUCACUAAUUUGGGACUUUAUUGUCAAUAUUUUUCUAUACACAUGUCCAGUGUCAGUGCGGUCCGCCUUCGAUUAUAAACUAAGCAACGAUCCACAAUUAGCCGAGAUCACCACCAGUGAUAAAUUCAAGAACGUGAUGUUUGAACUACUACUGAAACAAAACGGCGAUGCACGCGCAGGGUCUUCCAAGGGGCAAAAUCCCCUCCAUAUGGCUGUCGAUUCUGGCAUGAACAACUUUGUAAAAGUGCUCUUGAUGAGUAUAGAGACGAACCUUACUCAGAACAACGUGCAACAAUUCCUGAAAGUAAUGAAAACCCUCGACAUAUUUUGUUUGUUACUAAAUUUAGCAGGUGAGAAGGCGCCGAACAAUAUUAGUAAAUUUUUUACAGACAUGAAUCUUGAUAGAGUCGUUGAUGUGAUAAAAUCGGAACACACAGUUGAACUGCCGUUGAGCCUGAUGUCGUUCUUUGUAAAACCCAGCGUCGUGGACAGCACACGGGCAGCGCUCACCAGGACCCGACAGCACCUUGUAGAUAAGGCCGCUGAGAGAUUUGGACUAACUCAUGAUAAUAUUGAACUCUUUCGGAGGUUGGCAGAAACCUUCAAGCGCUUUGACGAUGACCAAUAAAAUUAAUGUCAAACAUAUCAUAAAACAAGAUGGACGUCAUUAAAUCUUCUACAAAGUGUUCCCUUACUGAAUGUACACGUAAUGCCAUGGAUAGAAAGAGAUAAGGAAGUUCGCAAAAGUCUCAACCAAUUUUUCAGACAGUCCAUAACCACGACCACUCUGCCAGGUGUGUGAUUGAGAAGAAUAUAAUAAAAGGUUGAAACAAAUUGUUUCUGGAAUAUUCUUAAGCUUGAGUUAUGUGCCGCCCCCAUAUUUGUACUUACCUUUUUAGAGAAAA